UCAGUCCCAAUUUUCUCAUAAAAUUCUUGUUGACAAAACAAAAAGCUAAACAUUUCGAGAAGAGUAAAUGGCGACAACUUUGGCGAGAUCUGGUUUUCUUCGCAACGUCCUACGACGAGGAGGCUCCGGCAGCUCCCCCGCUCCCAAGCGAAGCUUUUCUUCCUCCUCUCAUUACGAUGAUGCACACGAAACGGCCAAAUGGGAGAAGAUCACAUAUUUAGGCAUUGUUUCAUGCACCGCUUUAGCCACUUAUAUUCUCUCAAAGGGUCACCACCACUAUGAUGCACCUCCUGCAUACUCAUAUUUGCAUAUCCGCAAUAAGGAAUUCCCAUGGGGUCCUGAUGGGCUAUUUGAAGUCAAGGAAGAGCACCACUAGGAGUAUUAGUGGUUUCAUGAAGGUUGUUUAUGGGGACUGAUGUCUGUCGCCUCAGAAAAAAGUUAUUAUUCUAGUUUCGUAUUGUUUAUUGAAUUGUGAUCUAGAACUUCACAUGGCAUGAUAAUUUUCAUGUUUGUCUACUUUUCUUGUGUUUGAAGUAAAAUAAAAUUUCCCAACAAUAUGGUGUUUUCA